AUGUCCCUUUUCACACUCUCUACAGAACUGCUGUUACUUAUCUUAGACGAGCUGGACCCGGUCUCCUUAUUCCGGUUCUGUAAGGCUUCGCAAACGAUACUUACCUUAGUCGGGGGCACGACAUCCCUCCGCUAUCGCUACGAGCUUGCACUUUGUGGUCUCAGGGAAGGUUUACUUAACCAAUGCUCGCCGAAGGAUCAGCUUGCCACUUUGCUUAGCUAUAAGCGGGCUUGGUCCACAUUUACCUGGUCUGCGGAGGACAGACUUACAUUCCCUCCACCCACGAUCAUGGGUGUCUCCGGAAAUUACUUGUAUCAAGCGGUUCAAUUCUCCGAACCCAACGGUUUCGUGUGGGCUCUGCGUAUUUACGAGUUGCGAUGUUUCCGGAGAACACCUCAACGCGGGUUGUAUUUUAAACAGUAUCUCCUAACCUUCGAUGUAAGGAAGGUGGUCAUCGAUCCCUCUCAAAGCUUAAUGAUCUGGGCGCAGAUUUAUUUUCCGCCGCAGCAGAAUUCUCCAGUCCUCGGUGUCCUGCAUUUCCGUGACACCCGUGGAGAUUACGACCAUCGAGAGGCUGCACAACCCCGACUACAGUACCGCACCGAGUGGUGGGGCAUCACUCCUCCAGGGGAGCGCGUGUCUAUCCAACAGGUGCAGGUGUGUGGCAGCUUAGUCGCGUUAUCUAUCCGUCUAGAGUUGGAGGAUGGGGAAGGUAUCACGGAGCUAGCACUUCUCAACUGGAGAACCGGUGCUGCCCUCCGUACUUUUACAGGUGACAAACUCACAUUUGAUCUCGUGAGCGACACACGUGUGAUUGUCGUCUGUCAACCGGACGACGACGAAGAACGCAGCAGCGGCUCUUCUAGCGGUUCUUACGAACGACGUCCCGACGGUCUCUACGCCUAUGAUAAAGGAACACGUUCCCCCCAGAUAGGUGUUUACGAGAUAUGCCACGAGCCUGGGCAAGGACCUCUUCCCCGUGCAAGGUCGUAUGAAUUUCCAGAAAGUUGGAACACAGUUUCUUUCGUACAACAAUGUCCCAACUCAUCUGCAAAGAUGAUAACCCCACCAGCGCCAGGAAUUCUGUUUGACCACGAUCCUCGCUUACGGCUGAUUGCGGUAACGUUUGACUUUCCUUACAAUGCGAAGCCCAGGGGACUUUCCCGCAAGGUGGUUGUAGUGAUCGAUGAGUCGAAACUUAUGCCGGCUGACGACGGAGACGAAGUCGUACGUUGGGCGGAUUGGCAGGAACAUUGUAUGAUUCUUAACCUGCCAAACCAAGCGGACGGCGUCCAGCUCUGCGGCAGGCGUCUCAUAUUCUUCGAAAACGUCCAAAAUUCUGCCGGCUCCCCUCAGGAUCCUUCUAGCCGCGUUCACAGUUUGGAUUUAAAUCCCUCCGCUGCACCUUAUUUAUGGUCACUCGCCCGCCAAAGUCCGCCCUGGAGGUGGCAGGCGAGUGUUAGUACCGUCUUCGAUCACCGAGGUUCCAAGUACGUUAGGACGAGUACCUCAAAUACUCAUGACCUCACGUGGAUGGACGUUACUGAGGACAGCUUGAUCUUAUAUCACGAACGUGAAGGGCGGACGGGUGUCCGUAUAUUGACUUUUGGCCAGGAAUUAAGAACAGAACCUUAA